AUGGACGCGGACGAGAAGAUGUCGGAUAUUGUGUCUGCGGAGCACAGUGGCGAUGUGACACCCGAGACAGAUGUCGCGGAAGAACGCGCUGUGCGCCGGGCUGCUCAGAACGAGGAUCUGAACUCGAGCCGCGUCGAGAUGAACAAGCAAAAGACGGUCGACAGUCUGAAGCGGUUCAGCUACCUGCUCGGCCAGACCGAGCUGUUCCAGCACUUUAUUGAUAUCAAGAAGGACCGUGACCCGGAGUUUGCGCGUCUUGUCGACGAGUCCGCAAAGCGGCGCAGCGGCAAGGGCGGCAACAAGCGCAGCGGCGGUGCGAGCGAUCAGCGCCGCCGCAAGACGGAGCGUGAGGAGGACGAGGAGCUGCUCAAGGACGAGGAGGGUGACGAGGACACCUUUGCCUUCCACGAGUCCCCUCCGUACGUCAAGGGCGGCACGAUGAAAGAGUACCAGAUCCAGGGCCUGAACUGGCUCAUCUCGCUCUACCACAACGGUAUCAAUGGUAUUCUGGCCGACGAGAUGGGUCUCGGCAAGACGCUGCAGACGAUCUCGUUCCUCGGCUACCUGAAGCACUACCGCGACACGCCCGGCUUCCACCUCGUCGUCGUGCCCAAGUCGACGCUCGACAACUGGGUGCGUGAGUUUGAAAAGUGGGUGCCGGGCUUCCGCAUCAUCACCCUGCGCGGCAGCAAGGAGGAGCGCCAGGAAGUGAUCCAGGAGCGCCUGCUCCCCCAAGACUUUGACGUGCUGGUGACGACCUACGAAAUGUGCCUGCGCGAAAAGUCGGCGCUCAAGCGCCUCUCGUGGGAGUACAUUGUGAUUGACGAGGCGCACCGCAUCAAGAAUGCCGACUCGAUGCUCUCGCAGAUUGUGCGUGCGUUUAGCUCGCGUUCGCGCCUGCUCAUUACCGGUACGCCGCUGCAAAACAACCUGAUGGAGCUUUGGAGUCUGCUCAACUUUUUGCUGCCCGACGUCUUUUCGAGUGCGGACGACUUCCAAAGCUGGUUCCAAGGCAAGGGCGAGGACGGCGAGGCGCAGGAUAGCGUCGUGCAGCAGCUGCACAAGGUCCUGCGUCCUUUCCUCUUGCGCCGUGUCAAGUCGGACGUCGAGCACAGCCUCCUGCCCAAGAAGGAGAUCAACGUGUUUGUCGGCUUGACCGACAUGCAACGCAAGUGGUACAAGUCGCUCCUCGAGAAGGACAUUGACGCGGUGAACGGUGCAACGUCCAAGAAGGAGGGCAAGACACGUCUGCUCAACAUUGUCAUGCAGCUGCGCAAGUGCUGCAACCAUCCCUACCUGUUCGACGGCGCGGAGCCCGGUCCUCCGUUCACCACCGACGAGCACCUGGUGGACAAUGCAGGAAAGAUGAUCAUUCUCGACAAGCUCCUGCGCAAGAUGAAGGAGCGUGGCUCGCGUGUGCUCAUUUUUUCACAGAUGAGCCGCAUGCUCGAUAUCCUGGAGGACUACUGUCUCUUCCGCGAAUACAAAUACUGCCGCAUUGACGGUAGCUCAAUGCACGAGGACCGUAUUGCGGCCAUCGAUGAGUACAACAAGCCGGACAGCGAAAAGUUUGUCUUUUUGCUCACAACGCGCGCCGGUGGUCUCGGCAUCAACUUGACGAGCGCCGACGUCGUCGUGCUCUUUGACUCGGACUGGAACCCCCAGGCGGAUCUGCAGGCGAUGGACCGCGCGCACCGUAUCGGUCAGACGAAGCAGGUGUACGUCUUCCGCUUCGUCACCGAGAACGCGAUUGAGGAGCGGAUUCUUGAGCGUGCUGCGCAGAAGUUGCGUCUCGACCAGCUCGUCAUCCAGCAGGGCCGUACGCAGCACCAGUCGAAGGGUGCGAACCAGAAGGACGACCUGGUGGACAUGAUCCAGCACGGCGCCGAGCGCAUCAUCAACUCGAAAGAGUCGAUGGAGAUCAAGGAUGACAUCGACGAGAUCAUCUCGCGUGGCGAGGAGCGCACCGCCGAGCUCCAGCGCAAGUACCAGCAGUUUACCAACCUCGACGAGCUGACCAACUUCAAGAGCGAGGCGGGCGGCGCGUACGAGUGGGAGGGCGAGCAGUUUGGCAACAAGCGCAAACAAGGCACCGGCAUCUGGAUCGAGCCGAGCAAGCGCGAGCGCAAGCAGAACUACUCGAUCGACAGUUACUACCGCGACGCGAUGCGCACCACGACCAAGCCCGCAGCGCCCAAGGCCCCCCGUGCGCCGAAGCAGGUCACCACGUCCGAGUGGCAGUUUUACCCCCCGCGCCUGGUCGAGUUGCAGGAGCGCGAGACGGCGGCGUACCAGCGGAGCAUUGGCUACCAGGCCCCCAAGCCCGAGGUGAAGGACGGCGACGAGGCGGCGGCCGAGGCACAGCGUGCCGCCGAGCAGAAGCAGAUCGACGAGGCCGAGCCCUUGACCGAGGCCGAGCAGGAAGAAAAGGAGCAGCUGGCGACGCAAGGCUUCAGCGACUGGAACCGCCGCGACUACCAGCAGUUUGUCAAAGGAUGCGAGAAGCACGGCCGCAACGCCUUUUCUGCCAUUGCCGAGGAGAUUGGGCUCGGUGAAAAGACCGAGGCGGACGUCCGUCAAUAUGCCAAGGUCUUUUGGGAGCAUGUACACGAGCUGAGUGACGGCGACCGUAUUGUGCAGCGCGUCGAAGAAGGCGAGACGAAGCGCCAGAAGCUGCAGCACAACGAGCUCCUGCUCAAGCGCAAGAUUGACUCGUACAGCCAGCCGCUGCAGCAGAUCAAGCUGACCUACAACCAGGCCAAAGGCAAGGCCUACUCCGAGGAGGAGGACCGCUUUUUGCUGGUGCGUCUGGCGGACUAUGGUCUGAGCGGUGACGAUGUCUACGAGCGGAUCCGUGCCGAUAUUCUCUACUACCCCGAGUUCCGGUUCAACUGGUUCAUCAAGUCGCGCACGCCGCAAGAGAUUGCGCGCCGCUGCAACACCCUCCUGUUGCUGGUCAUCAAAGAGGAGGAGGAGCUGGAGGCGUCGCGCGCCGCCGCCAAUGCCGCCAAGUCCAAGACAAAGAAGCGCAGCGCGUCCGAGAUGAGCACAGGGUCGCGCACCGCCUCCCCGCGCCCGGGAAACGCCCACCAAAGCACGCGGCAUGCGGCGGAGCAGGCGCUCGAGUCGGCGGUGCGCGACAACUAUGCGCAAUACAUGGUCGCCCUCGCGACCGAACUAGCCAGCGACACGGCAGAGGCAUACAUCCGCUCUGCUUCGGGUCUUGCGCUGAAGAAUGCGCUUGUCGCGCGCGAGGCUAAGCGCGCGCAGGACUUUGCCGAGCGCUGGACGGCGCUUCCCGCAAAUGUCCGGGACGACGUCAAGAGCAAGGUGCUCAUGACGCUCAGCAGCGCAGAGCCCCGUGCAGGUACGGUCGCUGCGCAGGUCGUCGCGGCCGUCGCGGCGAUCGAGCUCCCGCUCGGCAUGUGGAACGACCUCAUCGCCCAGCUCCUCGCGGCCGUCGGCGACGCCAGCAACCCCCGCCUGCGUCAGGCGGCGUUGCAGGCGAUCGGUUUUACGUGCGAGGUGGUGAACCCGGCGGUGCUCUCGGCGCAGUCCAACGAGAUCCUCACCGCGGUCAUCCAGGGCGCCCGCAAGGAAGAGACGGUUCCCGAGGUGCAGUACGCCGCCCUCCAGGCCCUGCUCAACUCGCUCGAGUUCGUGCGGAGCAAUUUUGAGCGCGAAGGCGAGCGCAACUAUAUCAUGCAGGUCGUGUGCGAGGCGACGCAGUCGGCGCACGUCCCGGUCAAGGUCGCUGCGUUUGAGAACCUGGUGCGCAUCAUGCAGCUCUACUACGAAAAGAUGCGCUUCUACAUGGAGCAGGCGCUCUUUGGCCUCACCGUUCUCGGCAUGCGCGACCCCGAGCCAAAGGUCGCACUGCAGGCCGUCGAGUUCUGGUCAACGGUGUGCGACGAGGAGAUCGAGCUUCAGCUCGAGGCCGCGGAGGCGCUCGAGUUCAACGAGGAGCCCGCCCAUGUCUCGUACCACUUUGCGAGCGUCGCCCUGCCGGAGAUUGCGCCGGUGCUCAUGGAGCUGCUCACGCAGCAGGAGGAAGACGGCGAUGAGGACGAGUGGGACACGGCCAAGGCCGCGGGUACCUGUCUCGGUCUCCUCGCGCAGGUCGUCGGUGAUGCGAUUGUCUCGCUCACCGUGCCCUUCAUCGAAACCAACAUCAAGUCGCCCGAGUGGAACCGGCGCGAGGCGGCGCUGAUGUGCUUCGGCUCGAUCAUGGAUGGCCCGGAGAGCAAGCUACUCGAGACGCUCGUUACCCAGGCCCUCGCUACGGUCAUCGAGACGCUGCGCGACCCUAGCACCGCGGUGAAGGACACCGCCGCGUGGACCCUUGGCCGGAUCUGCGAGUUUGUCUACGACGCAAUCACGCCCGAAGUCCAGCUCGGACCGCUGGUCCAUGCGCUGCUCGCCUCGCUGCAGGACCAGCCGCGCAUUGUGACGCACUGCUGCUGGGCGCUGAUGAACCUCGCCGAGCACAAGGGCAUCCUCGCGCGCCUCGACGAGAGCGACCCGCCCACGACGAGCAUGUCGCCCUACUUUGAAACGAUCGCCGCGCAGCUUAUCCAGGCGACCGAGCGCGGAAAUAACGAGUCGAACAGCCGCACGUCGGCCUACGAGGCGCUCGCGAGCCUCGUGGCGAACAGCGCCACAGACUGCCUGCAGCAGGUCAGCAACGUCCUGGUGCACGUGGUCGAGCGCCAGGAACAGCUCAACAGCAUGGUCGCGCAGCUCGUCGGUCUGGACGACCGGAACAACUGGGCAGAGCUGCAGAGCAACCUGUGCAGUGUCAUUAUUGCCUGCGUGCGUCGCCUGCAGAACGGCAUUGUGCCGAUCGGCGACCGCCUCAUGACGGGUCUCUUGACGCUGAUCCAGAACAGCGCCAAGCAGCCCACGGUGCUCGAGGACGCAUUCGUUGCGGUCGGUACCGUGAUUGUGGCGCUGGAGGGCGAGUUUGAAAAGUACCUCGACGCCUUUUUGCCUUUCCUCGUCGAGGGUCUGCGCAACCACGAAGAGCACCAGCUGUGCACGAUCAGCGUCGGUCUGGUCGGCGACCUCUGCCGGAGUCUCGGCGAGGCGGCGGGCAAGUGCAGCCAGACGCUGGUCUUUGCCCUGUUUGAGGAUCUGCAGAGCCCGGUGCUGAACCGGAACGUCAAGCCCCAUAUCCUGAGCUGCUUUGGCGAUAUCGCGCUGGCGAUCGGCGCGCAGUUCGAGCCCUACCUCCCGACGGCCAUGGCAGUGCUGCAGCAAGCGAGCAUGGUGCAGAACCCUGCGGACAUUACCGACUACGAAAUGAGCGAGUACGUGAACGACUUGCGUGAGGGAAUUGCAGAGGCCUACGUCGGCAUCGUGUCUGGCAUGCGGGCAGGCGGCAAGGCCGAGAUCCUCCUGCCGUACAUGGAGUACACGAUCGCUUUUGUGGGCCUGGUCGCCUCGGAAAGCACGGACCGCUCCGAGGCCCUGCUCCGCGCGACGAUCGGCCUGCUCGGCGACAUUGCGACCGCCUUCCCCUCGGGGCCUGUCAUGGCCCAGCUUCAACAGCAAUGGGUGCAGGAAUACAUCAAGGUCGGCCGCAGCCGCACCAACGGCUCCGAGACGCGCAAGACCGCCAACUGGGCCCGCGACACGAUCAAAAAGUCGCUCGGUUCCAACCUCGGCACCCCCGUGUUGUAG